GGCGCCCGCGAGAAGCCCAGGCCCGGCCGGAGCGCACGUGGCCUCUCGGGCGGAGCGGACGUGCUCGGCCGCAGCGGAGACCUCCGAGCCGCGCACAGGACAGACGCCGUGAAGCUGGGUCAGAGCCGGACCGCGAGGCCCUGGAAGGUCGGGGUGCAGCGGCCGGGGCCCUGGAGGCUGGGGAGCCGCGGAGGCAACUGCAUCUGGGCUCUCCAUCCUUCAGGGGCGGCUCGGAUUGGACGCCUGGGUCCUCCUGACCCCUCCCUUAGGGGCGGGGCUAGCCUAUAUGACCAAUGACAGGUCUUCCAGAGGCCCCGCCCCCGGAGCAUCGCAAGUGUCCAAACCCGGGGAGCCCUGUCCUGGUUGGGGGGUUGCGUUAAUGCGAAACCCGCAGCUGGUGAGUGCGCACCCCCAGGUCUCCGCACCACCCCGCCUGCAGCCGGCGCCCCGGAGCCCACCCGGCGCCCGGCAGUGACUCGGCGCGGGAGGGUGGCGACGCGUUGGCACUGGAGAUUCGCACUGCUCUGGGCCUUUCUCGCAGGGAUGCGUGGGGUGAACAAGUGUCUUCGGAGCUGGUCGCGGGACACCAAGAUGCCUGACGAACAGCAGAUGCUGAAGGAGGAGGAGAUGCAAGAGGAGAUGGUGCUGCUGGUGAAGGAUGAGGAGGAGGGCCAGGAGAAGUAUGAGGUGCUGAAGCUCAAGAUCCCCGUGGACAAGAAGGAGGUGAGGCAACUGAGGCCCAGGAAGCUUGACAGUUUGGCUAAUCUGAGACCAGUGCCAGUGAGGGGUGAGAUCGCAAGCAAGGCCUCCGCGCAGCCAGCCGACCCCGCGCGCCCACACGCCUGCCCGGACUGCGGCCGUGCCUUCGCGCGCCGGUCCACGCUGGCCAAGCACGCGCGCACGCACACGGGCGAGCGGCCCUACGAAUGCGCCGAGUGCGGCCGCGGCUUCUCGCAGAAGUCGGCGCUGACCAAGCACGGCCGCACGCACACGGGCGAGCGGCCCUUCGUGUGCACCGAGUGCGGCCAGCGCUUUUCCCAGAAGUCGGCGCUGACCAAGCACGGCCGCAUGCACUCGGGCGAGCGGCCCUACAAGUGCCCGGAGUGCGACAAGACCUUCUCCGCCGCCUCCAACCUGCAGCAGCACCGGCGGAGCCACACCGGCGAGAAGCCCUACGUGUGCACGCAGUGCGGCCGCGGCUUCUCCCAGAGCUCCAACUAUGCGCAGCACCUGCGCGUGCACACGGGCGAGAAGCCCUACACCUGCCCCGACUGCGGGCGCGCCUUCGGCGGCAGCUCGUGCCUGGCGCGCCACCGGCGCACGCACACGGGGGAGCGGCCGUACGUCUGCGCCGAGUGCGGCACGCGCUUCGCGCAGAGCUCGGCGCUGGCCAAGCACCGGCGCGUGCACACGGGCGAGAAGCCGCACCGCUGUACCGUGUGCGGCCGCCGUUUCGGCCACCGGUCCAACCUGGCGGAGCACUCGCGCACGCACACGGGCGAGCGGCCCUACCCCUGCAGCGAGUGCGGCCGGCGCUUCCGCCUCAGCUCGCACUGCGUCCGCCACCGCCGUUCCCACCUUCUAAAACGUCUCUACAUGUGCACCGUGUGCGGCCAGGACUUCCAGCUGCCCCCGGGCACCUCGGCCGCCACCGUCUCCGAGCGCUGCCCCGAGUGCGAGAGCAGAUGAGCCCCCUGGUGGCUGCGGGCUGCUAGUGCUGGCUGAGGAGGAGCAUGUCAGGCCCCGACCCCCAGGGGCUGGACAGGGACCCCGGGACCCUGGUUUGGGAAAGGGUGGGAUGGCAGAACUGGCUGCCCGGGACGUGGGAGACAUGGCAAAUCCCCUCCCGGGAUUUUUGGAGACCGCGGCCUCUUUCCCCUCACUACAAUCCUCGACCCGUGUUAGUGAAUAAAGUAUUCCAUCUUUACGCA